CACCCCUCUCACGGAGCCCUGGAAUCCGGGCAUGGCCUGGCUGGGAGGGGAUUUAAGGAUCAUCCUGCCAACAGCGAUUCCAGAUCCUGCUCCUGUUGCUGCAACAACCCCGCAAUUCCACAUUCUGGGAUUGUUGUUAAACCAAACCAGGCUCGCUGUAUCUGUUUCGUGACCAGCAGUUAGUUCUGGCCCCUCCUGAGGAUCCCUAGGAUACGACGGAAUGGGAUUCGUUCCGAAUUGCUGGCUUUUGGUGGCGCAGACCUGAAGGGUCCAGGCAGGACGGAGGAAUUCCACAGGGAAUUCCGGGGGAUAUGGAGACUACUGCAUGGAGACUGCUUGUAGGGGGUUGGUGGGAGGGAAUCAUGGACAAGCUGCACACAGGAGAUACAGAAUCGUCGGGAAAUUUAUCCAGGAGAAGAGAGAAAUCCGGAGGAGGCGAAUCCAGGAGGCAGCAGGGAGGGAUGUGCGGGCAGCGGGCAACGCCAGCGCAGGCCUCAGGCAAGGCCAUGGGAAAUUCCAGAGCCGGGACCAGAUCUGAGAGGUUUCUGGCGGAAAACCUGAGGAUUCUGACGCUAAACUUGGGAUUUCGGGAGAAUCGGUGACUCUGGAGGCCAAACGGGUCGGGAGCGGGCUGGAUGCGCGUGGGCUCGGCCUGCGCUCGCAGGGAACGGGGACAGGACGGGAGGGAAUGGCCUCAGGGGAGGGACACUGGGACGAUUCCUCCCGGGAAGGGCCGUGCCCUAUUCCCGUUCCCGUUCCCGUUCCCGUUCCCGGGGGGAUCUGACCCCGGCCCCGGGCCCGCCUCACGUGCCGGGGUCACCGCGCCGCUUCCGGGGCGCCGCUUCCGGCUCGGUCAUGGCGGCGCUUCCGCCGUGGGCGGGGCCUGUGCCGGAAGCGCGUGCGGAGAGGCGGCGGGAGGCGCCAGGACCCCCCCGCGCCCCCCCGGGCUCCCCCGAGACCCGCGGGGCCCUCCGGCCGCCAUGGCGGGGCAGGCGCAGGAGCUGAUGACCUUCGAGGACGUGGCGGUGUUGCUGAGCCGGGCCGAGUGGGACGCGCUCACGGUGGGGCAGCGGGAGCUGUACCGGGAUGUCAUGUUGGACACCUACGAGCUGCUGACCUCCCUGGGUUAUCCAGGCCCCAAGCCCGACAUCCUGCACCGGCUGGAGCGCGGGGAAGAGCCGUGGAUCUCCUCAUCUCCAGGACACGCCGAGAGCUGGCUGGAGGAGCCUUCCUCUGGUGGGUGGCCCAGAGCCAGCGGGUACCAGGGGCUGGAGACCUCGUGUCCAGCAGAAUGGAGCACGUUGUGGCGUCUCCAGGACAGGAGCAUCCAGAAGUUUGGCUGUCACAAGGGAAGGAGCGAAGUCCCGUCGGAAGCAGACAGUGGAGUGGGGAGCCAAACCCAGCCAUGGCUUGUGAAGGAGGAAGUGGAGGAUAAGCCUGGACUCAUGGAAGACCUAACCCACAGUGAGACAUUCCUGCUUCAUUCCAUAAUGGAACAGCUGUGGGGUGGCCCUGGGGAGAGGAGUCACGAGAAUGCCCAAAACCACGGACACACUGUGGGAGAGGCCACGCUUCUCCCGAGAACCCGGGAGCUGCGGGUGGAGGAGCUGAGAGCGGCGGCGGCGAAGGACCACGGCUACUGCCUCCGGACCGAGCCGGGCACGCCCUGCACCCCCCAGCCCUGCUGCCUGUGGGAACACAACUACUGCCAGCAGCACCAGGCCGGGAAGAGCCAUGAGGCCGGGAAGAGCCAUGAGGCUGGGAGGAGCCAUGAGGCCGGGAGGAGCCAUGAGGCCGGGAGGAGCAGCGAGGCCAGCACCCCCCGUAGCGUGCGCCGCCAGCUGGCGCGGCGGCAAAUCCACUGGGGCAGGACGUUCCGGAGAGCCAGGGAGAUCCUGCGGCGCUACCAGCCCUACUGGAGGUUGGGGUUUCCGUGGAGAGACCGUUCCAGCUCUGGUGGCGCCGCGCAGGGGACAAACCCUGGGGUUUGUCCUCUGACGGAUGCGGCCGCGCCGCGCCAGCUCCAGAGUGCUGGGAACGCCGAAGGGGUGACAUUGAACACGCGACAUGUCCCGGAGGGGGUUUUGGGAACGGGAGGUUCACCCCCUGCCCUAAUCCUGGAUGCAGGGGUGGGGAAGGGAGCGAAGCCUCUGAAGCAUCCCGGUGCCAGCCAGGAGCUUGGAGGAUGUGCGGAACCCCAGAAAUCGCAGGAGGUGUCGCUCCAGGAUGUGUUCCGGAACGUGCUGAAGGCGGUCAGGUACAUACUGGACUCCAUGUGCCAGAAGUUUGAGCUCCACGGGAUCUCCCAAGGGAAGAGCAUCUGGCCCAUCGUCAUCCAGAUCGACAACUUGGCGGAGAUCAGGAAGUGCUGACUCCCGGGGGGGGGAAACUGGGAUUGGAUUUCCUGAGGCACAGCACUCAAUGCCCCCCAGUUCUGGGGGUUUCAGGAGGAGAAAUGUGGCAGAGGUGGAUUGGGGGAGGUGAAACUGGGAAUGUGGGGCCUGCCCUGAACUGGGAUUGAUUGAGAGGCUUUGGAGAAAAGCAGUGGGAAAGGGGAGGAUUUGUGUAGCUCAAAGGAGGAAAGAAGGAAAAGUGAGCAGGGGAUCCUGAAAUCCUAGAAUGGCUUUGGGUUGGAAGGGAUGCUAAAUCCAUCUCUAAAAACCAACCAGGCUCGGGCUGUGCUCCUGUCACCAAAACUACGGGAAAAAACAAAAACUCUCCAGCAAUGUUUUUGGUGUUAUACAAGGCAUUGCCUCACUUCCGGCUGGGAUGUGCAACAUAAAUUAUUUCACCCACACAAGGCCUGGGUGUGCAGAGAAAAUAAUUUCACGACAAGCGAAUUUUACUCGAUUUUUCCCAGACUUUAUCCAGUCCAAAACCCACAGAAAUCCAUUGGUUCAAUGCUCAUUGGUUCCAAAUUGCAGAGUUCUCAGAAUUCAGUUUCUUAUUGGACUGGGAUUUUUUUGCCUCUGAUGUUUAUUAGGCCCUCACUUAUUCCCUUAUCAGCCUUUUCCAGCCCCAAGGGUCUGGGGUAGAUGUUCCUUGAUAUUUGCUGAUGGUUGUUAUCUUUUUGGGUGUCUUUUGGGCUAUUCCCAGUUUGUUGAGAUGUUAAGCUUAUCAGGCCUCACAGAGGGGAGCAACACCCUCAAAAAACAUCCCUCUAAUUCCCUUCUCCAAGGCAGAGGCAAACUGAGCCUGACUAGAGAAAUAAAAUAAGUUUUAAACAUUGUUUAUUUGCCAACACUCCCAAGGGAAAGGGACAGGAUGAGGGGAAACAGCCUCGAGUCGUGCCAGGGAGGAUCAGGUUGGGUUGGGUGGAGGGGUGGAUAUAGGGAAGGACAAAGGAAGGUUGAGUUGCAAUCAUGUUUAAGCGUUUUCCUGGGAAAUCCAGCCUGGCCUGAAUUCCCAGCAGCUUUUGGAACCUCUGGAAUUGGAUCAUGACAAGGGAAAGGCGAUUUCUGGGAUGUUCUCCACUGCCCUUCCAGGGGCCAGGUGCUGUUAUGGGGACAUAAGGAAGCUCCAACAAACUCAAGCACACUGAGCACCGUGGAUCCAUUCACUUUCCCAGUUCUCCAUGGAACUGGGGGUGGCCUGGGGAAAAUCUGGGAUGCCUGAAUUUGGGAUGCUCCUGCCACGGCUGCUGCUGGUUUUGGCAGCGGGGCGUUCCCGACAGCUCUGGGGGGUGUUGGCUUUGGGGCUCUCAGCAUUCUCCUGCCAGAUCCCAAAUCCUUCUGGGGGAGCUGGAGGGGCUCAUCCUGGAGCAGAGGAGGCUCAGGGGGCACCUUCUGGCUCCUGCAAUUCCCUGGAAGGAGGUUGGAGCCAGCAGGGCUCUGCUCCCAGGGAACAGGACAAGAGGGAGCGGCCUCAAGGGCAGGUUGAGGUGGGAUAUUGGGAAUGCUCCUCUUGGAAAAGGCGCUCCAGCCCUGGCUCAGCUGCCCAGGGCAGGGGUGGAGUCCCCAUUGCUGGAGGGAU